AUGUUCAGUAUCCCUUUCCUUGAGGCUAAUCCUUGCCAACGUCGCUCCUUUCCUCGUCCCAGGCUUCUCUUUCUCUUACGAUAUUCCGGGCCAAUCCCCCCCACUCCCCAUAUCUGGUUUGUCGCCAGCUCCCCAGCGCGGUGGUCACUACUGAUUGUCGUUGUAGUUCAGUGCGAGACUCUCCAUCUAACUUGGAGCAGAGGAGCCUCACUUGGGUAUGAUUAUUUUUCAAUAUCCGAAUAUCCUGAAUUAAGUUCUUAUCCGUCGGAAUAUAUCAAGACGCCCUCCCACCGCUCCUUACUUCCUACAAAUCUACUCAUCGACUGGCAGGUGCCUUUCCCACCCGGUACCCAAUAUCAGAUAUGCAUGAUUGACGUUUUCGGUGUGUCGGGAGGAUGUCGAUCUUUAUAUACGGUGGUCCCCAACACCAGUAUUUCUAACUCCACUUGUCAAAAUGUUACCGCACCCGCUGCUCUUUCGGUCGUUAGCACCACUGCGAGUGGACCUAUCUCGCAAUACAGUUCUGUCAAUCAAUGUACAGAUGUUGUUUUCACUCCGAAGUCAGGGAUACCGCCCUUCACUUUGACUGUGGGAUCCUACUUCAUUGCUCCAAGUUUGCAUCCCCCACUCAAUUUUACCUCCAAGUCAAUGGAUCCUAUUUCCUGGACGGUUUCUUUGCCCGAGGGGUUUCCUUUUUUCGCGUCCCUGAGGAGCUCCGAUGGGCUUAUGUGGGCGAACGGACCCAUGCAUGCUGGUGGAUCAGGUCCAACUGACUGUCUUUCCCCGGGGGCAAUGUCUAAGAAAAGUAUGAUCGCGAUAGCCAUUGGUUCCAGCUUAGGCAGUGCAGUCAUUGGGGUUCUUCUCGGGAUUGUGAUCUGCUGGUUGGUCCACAAACGACAGCUCCAGCAAGCAUCCAGGACAUUGAAAUUUGAUCCUGUCAUCGAGGGAGGGACGAGGGUAGAUUCGGUAAGGCUAGGGCAGGACGAAAUUCAAACACUGCGCUCUAUGCGUAUUCAACGAUCUUCCCCGUCAUCCCCAAGAGUUUCGUCCGCGCCAGAAGAGGACCAACUCCAAACACCGCAUCCUUCACGUGUUCAGUCUUCUUCUACGACAUCCUUGGGGAUACCGAACGAAUUAAUUAUCGACCCUUUCCUCGGGGCUGGUGGGAGGCCUCCCCGGCCGCUUCCUACCGCGCCGACAACUUUUCCGCCGGAAAAGCGUUGGAGACGAAAGAUGUCUAUAAGCACACAGGCUUCUUUGCCUUCCUCCAGCGCUUCUGCGGUGCUUAGCACACGUUCGCCCACAUAUGUCGGGCCUUAUUUGGAUCACUUACCAGAGAGCGACUUGCCGCCAGAAUACAUGAGAAACCCUGACGAAGCCCUUCCUUGA